AUGAUCGGAAGUGACUAUACGUUGGAAUUGUGCAAUGUUUUUCAUUCUGGACAGGUGGAGCCAGGGAGUUUUUUCCAACGUCUAACAGGGGGUGUGAAGACUGGAGUUAUUCUAAAAGAUGUUUCUUUUACCACACACAGUGGAGAAGUUACUGCUAUAUUGGGAUCUAAAGGUAGUGGCAAACGGGCUCUCCUCGAUGUCAUCGCUAACCGCGUACCUUCCAAAGGACACAUUCUGCUCGAGGGAAUCCCCCUGGAAUCAGAUCACUUCAACAGCACCUGUGCGCUAGUGCGACAUAGUACAAGACUGCUACCUGGACUCAGUGUACAGCAAACGUUGGGACUCUCACUUACAAAGAUUUCAGGAUAUUUGAAAUCGUCAAAGGUGAAGCAAGUUAUGGCUGAUCUAGCACUGUCGAACGUUGCUCACAAAUGCGUCACAAAUCUCACAAAGAGCGAGUACAGAAGAUUAAUCAUAGGUGUUCAACUGAUCCGGGAUCCUAUUAUUCUACUGUUAGACGAACCGACAUGGGAUCUGGACCCUCUCAACACAUAUCUGGUGAUAUCAAUACUGUCUAACGCAGCUAAGAAGUAUGGAACAGCAAUCAUACUAACUAUGGAGAAACCCAGAUCAGAUGUGUUCCCGUUCUUGGACCGAGUGGUGUACCUAUGUCUCGGCGAUGUGGUAUACGCCGGCCCCACUAGGAAUCUUCUGGAUUACUUCGGCAGUAUCGGCUUCCCCUGCCCACAGCUCGAGAACCCACUCAUGUAUUAUUUAUGCCUAUCAACAGUAGACCGAAGAUCACGUGAGAGGUUUAUUGAGUCUAACCAUCAGAUAGCUGCUUUAGUGGAGAAAUUUAAACUAGAAGGCCAGGGCAUCAUGCAAGGCAAUCUGCACGAGAACAACCGUAUCGUUAACCCUAACAAGAUACAGCUGAACUAUGGCAGACCAGGAGGAAUACAUGUUAUUUGGAUGUUGUACUUGAGACUCCUAGCUUCAAUAUUCAACCUAAAGAAGAAUGGAAUAAAACAAAUGUUCAUGAGGCUAUUUUCUUUACCGAUAUAUUUUUUCAUAUUGUGGGUAUUCUAUAACGAAGCACAGGACUACCAAAGAGCCUUUAUCACUAAAAGCGGCUUGAUAUUUAACGCGAUGGUAGGGACUUAUUUCAUCAGCAUUAUGAACACAAUAUGUCUCUAUAGUCCAUAUCGUACUCGCUACUACCAAGAAUCACAAGAGGGACUGUACAGCGGCGCAAGUUUACUUUUGUCCUGGAAUUUAGUCUCUUUGCCUUUCUCUUUUCUAAGCGCGUGUGCUUCUGCUGCUAUUAUUUACCCGAUCCUGUCUAAUAUAUCGGAAAACUUGGACUUCUUGUACUUUGCACUGGUACUGUGGUCAUGCUACAUAUAUGCGGAGCAGCAGGCUAUUGGCAUUAUGAUGUUUGUGAAGAAUGGCCUCAUCGCUGCCGUCGUUAAUAUAUACCUAACCUGUAUUUACGUGAUGCUUGCUAGUGGUGUUUUAAGAUCCUACAAGGGCUUCGAAGAAUGGCUGUACUACAUCACUUACGUCACACACACUCGAUAUGCUUCAAUAUUCCUUCACAGAAACAUUUUUAAGCAGCCUUAUUUCAACAAUCUUCCAUACAGUGAUAAUGAAAACUGCACUUCGACAGCAUCAAGCCUCAUACAAACUUCGUCCAAUUUGAAUACUAAUUCGAACGCCAACUGUCGAUAUACAAGCGGGAAAGCUUUUUUGACAGAAAGAUUUUCGUCUAAAAACUUCAAUGGAGAUAUUGACUUAUCGGGAGACUUCCAGCCCGACUUCAAUUUAGGCGUCUCGUUUGCUUUUUCGUUAGGAAUCAUGGUGUUCAAUAAAUUUUUGUAUUUAAUACCUUUGCCCAGUUACAUUACUGAUAAGUUUAGAGAAUAA